AUGUUCACGGCCGUAUACAUCAAAAGCAAGCGCCUGUCAACAGUUGAGAAAUUAUACCAACUCAACAAAAAGACACAAGGGGAGACGAAGGUUAUUGUAUCAAAAUGCCCGCUAACAAAUGAUGGGUUUGCACUGGCAUGGAAGGGUUUGACUGACAUGUACGAGAAUGAGCGAAUUCUCGUCGAAACCCAAGUCGACAUACUGCUCGACUUACCGUCAAUCGACAAGGAGUGCUCGAGUUCGAUAAAAUGGCUACAGCGGGAGAUCAACAGCUGCAUCUCCUGCCUGACAGCCAAUAAAGUGGACAUUGGGAACUGGGACCCAAUCAUAAUCCGCUGGGAGGAAUUGGACAACUUCCUCACGGAUAGAUACCGUGAUUUAGAGGCAAUAGAACGUGCCAAAAAGUCGUCCAAUUCUGCAAAGCCUGUCAGUGCACCCACACCAAAUAAAUAUACGUACCAAAACAAUAGCCAUCAGAACAGACUCAGCGCCUUCCAAGUAAGCGUUGAGAAAUCAACAUGUCUGAUGUGCAAAAGCGCAGAUCACAAAUUAAGAUCUUGCCCCAUGUUUCUUAACAUGGCACCGGCGGACAGGAUCAAGUUCGCUAAGCGCAACAAUCGCUGCAUCAAUUGCCUCGGCUUUGGGCAUUUAGUGUCGCAAUGCACCAGUGCAUUCAACUGCAGCACUUGCCACGCGAGGCAUCACACACUCCUACAUGUGAGGACAGUGCAGCCCAGCAGCCAAAGAGGCUCAUCUACGCCAUCGGACGAGAUUCCGUCUACGUCCAGGCAAGCGCAGCAGAGACGCAACUUCAACAAGUCGAAAGGCAAGCCAACGACUCAAGUACAGUCGUGCUUCGCUAACAGCGACAAAGGUGUCUUGUUAGGAACGGCACAAAUAAAUAUAAAUUACAGCGGCGUUACUUAUGCCGCAAGAGCACUCAUCGACUCCGGGUCAGAGUGCUCUUUCAUCACAGAAAGGCUGAAGCGCAGAAUCAACUUGCCAGUUAGGAGGAUAAAUGCCCAGGUGUCAGGCAUCAACAACACCGUAUCUGCGCAAGUGAAGGAAGCAUGUUGUGUCGAGUUGCGGUCACCAAUUGACCCACUUAUAUCGAUCACAACGAACAUGAUGGUUCUGCCGAAAUUAACGGGAAACUUGCCGACUUUCCAUAUUAGCGCACUAACUCGGCAGGCUUUCCCAGAUCUCACGUUGGCGGAUAAGAGGUUCUUCGUCAAUGAACCCGUGGACGUCAUACUCGGUGGUGACGUCCAUUCCCAGAUUAUGCUGGAUGGCAUACGCAAGAACGCGCUGGGAUCACUUCUUGCGCAAGAGACAGUGUUCGGUUGGAUAGUCACAGGGCGUGCUAAUACAAUUAAGCCAACCAACACUUGCGUCUCGUAUUAUAACGAAAUAUCGCUGGAAAAGCAGUUAGCUUCGUUCUGGGAAUUGGAAGAGAUCUCCAAGGAAAAUAAGUUAAGCGAGGAGGACAGGUACUGUGAAGAGCUCUAUAAAGAGACAACGAAGCGAAAUGAAGACGGGAAAUACGUUGUAUCGCUACCAUUCAGGAAAGACUAUCCGGUCAACAUUAGUCUAGGUAGUUCCUUAAAGAUUGCGUACUCCCAGUUUUAUCGCAAUGAAGCUCGGUUGUCCAGAGACGAAAACCUGCAAAAAGAAUACAACAGAGUGUUAAAUGAAUAUGUUGAGCUGGGUCAUAUGGCAAAGAUAUAUACCAAUCAAACGGCCGACUCCAGUAACAACUAUUACCUGCCUCACCACGCCGUAAAGAAGGAAGAGAGCACAUCGACAAAGGUGCGUGUGGUGUUCAAUGCAUCGCAAGCGACUUCAAACGGCACUUCGCUGAAUGACAUCCUUCUCCCCGGUCCGGUUCUUCAGGCAGAUCUGACCAUAUUAAUUCUGCGAUGGCGUUUAUUUAAAUAUGUCUUCAAUAGCGAUAUUGAGAAGAUGUAUCGCCAAAUCCAAUAUUUUUGA